AUGGGGGUGAAAAUGGAGAAGAAGGAGGAUGUACCAUCAUCAACCAAUUUCUUCUCCCUCAAAACAUUCAAGCUGAAAACGAAGCAACAGGAGCUGUUGAUCCGGGUCACGAUCCUCUUCUUGGUCUAUAUUUUGGCUUUUAUCACUAGGCUUUUCAGUGUGCUACGUUACGAGAGCAUGAUCCACGAGUUCGAUCCCUACUUCAAUUACCGUACCACUCUGUUCUUGACUCAGAAGGGUUUUUACGAGUUCUGGAACUGGUUUGAUUCCGAGUCUUGGUACCCAUUGGGUCGGAUCAUUGGUGGGACUCUCUACCCCGGUCUCAUGGUCACUGCUGCUCUGAUUUAUUGGGCUUUGCGAUUCCUCAGGUUUGCAGUCCACAUUCGUGAGGUCUGUGUAUUGACUGCCCCAUUCUUUGCGUCCAACACCACUCUAGUUGCAUACUUCUUUGGGAAAGAGCUUUGGGAUUCAGGCGCCGGGCUUGUCGCUGCAGUGUUGAUUGCCAUUUGUCCCGGUUACAUCUCGAGGUCUGUGGCAGGGUCGUAUGAUAAUGAGGGGGUUGCAAUUUUUGCUCUACUGCUUACAUUCUAUCUGUUUGUUAAGGCAGUGAAUACGGGUUCCCUCGCUUGGGCUUUGGCCUCAGCUUUUGGGUACUUCUACAUGGUUUCUGCAUGGGGUGGCUAUGUUUUUAUAAUUAAUUUGAUCCCGCUGUAUGUGAUGGUUCUGUUGAUUACUGGGAGAUAUUCAAUGAGGUUGUAUGUAGCAUAUAAUUGCAUGUAUGUGUUAGGGAUGUUGCUCGCAAUGCAGAUUCGAUUUGUGGGUUUUCAGCAUGUUCAGUCUGGAGAGCAUAUGGCUGCGAUGGGUGUGUUUUUCUUGAUGCAGGUAUUUUACUUCCUAGAUUGGGUCAAGCAUUUGCUAAACGAUCCAAAGCUGUUUCAAGCCUUUUUGAGAAUCACUGUGACAUGUGCAGUAAGUUUGGGUGCUGUUGCUUUUGGAUUGGGCACAGCAUCUGGGUAUAUCUCCCCAUGGACAGGUCGAUUUUACUCUCUCCUGGAUCCAACUUAUGCAAAAGAUCACAUUCCCAUAAUAGCAUCUGUCUCUGAGCAUCAGCCUACGGCGUGGUCAUCUUUCAUGUUUGAUUUCCAUAUACUGCUUUUCCUUUUCCCAGCCGGCCUGUAUUUCUGCUUCAAGCGGUUGUCUGAUGCCACAAUAUUUGUAGUGAUGUAUGGUCUCACAAGCAUGUAUUUCGCUGGUGUCAUGGUUCGUUUAAUUCUUGUUGCUACACCUGCAGUAUGCCUUAUUAGUGCUAUUGCAGUCUCAGCCAGUGUAAAGAAUUUAACUCAGUUGGUCAGGGCAAAGAGCAAGUUUACUCAUACUGGUUCUGGCAAAGGAACGACUUCUGCAAAGGCUUCUUCUAAGUGUCGCAUGCGUAUGUUGUUUAUUCUGACCAUUGAAUGGGUUGCUUACCAAUUUAUCAGGUUUGCAGUCCACAUUCGUGAGGUCUGUGUAUUGACUGCCCCAUUCUUUGCGUCCAACACCACUCUAGUUGCAUACUUCUUUGGGAAAGAGCUUUGGGAUUCAGGCGCCGGGCUUGUCGCUGCAGUGUUGAUUGCCAUUUGUCCCGGUUACAUCUCGAGGUCUGUGGCAGGGUCGUAUGAUAAUGAGGGGGUUGCAAUUUUUGCUCUACUGCUUACAUUCUAUCUGUUUGUUAAGGCAGUGAAUACGGGUUCCCUCGCUUGGGCUUUGGCCUCAGCUUUUGGGUACUUCUACAUGGUUUCUGCAUGGGGUGGCUAUGUUUUUAUAAUUAAUUUGAUCCCGCUGUAUGUGAUGGUUCUGUUGAUUACUGGGAGAUAUUCAAUGAGGUUGUAUGUAGCAUAUAAUUGCAUGUAUGUGUUAGGGAUGUUGCUCGCAAUGCAGAUUCGAUUUGUGGGUUUUCAGCAUGUUCAGUCUGGAGAGCAUAUGGCUGCGAUGGGUGUGUUUUUCUUGAUGCAGGUAUUUUACUUCCUAGAUUGGGUCAAGCAUUUGCUAAACGAUCCAAAGCUGUUUCAAGCCUUUUUGAGAAUCACUGUGACAUGUGCAGUAAGUUUGGGUGCUGUUGCUUUUGGAUUGGGCACAGCAUCUGGGUAUAUCUCCCCAUGGACAGGUCGAUUUUACUCUCUCCUGGAUCCAACUUAUGCAAAAGAUCACAUUCCCAUAAUAGCAUCUGUCUCUGAGCAUCAGCCUACGGCGUGGUCAUCUUUCAUGUUUGAUUUCCAUAUACUGCUUUUCCUUUUCCCAGCCGGCCUGUAUUUCUGCUUCAAGCGGUUGUCUGAUGCCACAAUAUUUGUAGUGAUGUAUGGUCUCACAAGCAUGUAUUUCGCUGGUGUCAUGGUUCGUUUAAUUCUUGUUGCUACACCUGCAGUAUGCCUUAUUAGUGCUAUUGCAGUCUCAGCCAGUGUAAAGAAUUUAACUCAGUUGGUCAGGGCAAAGAGCAAGUUUACUCAUACUGGUUCUGGCAAAGGAACGACUUCUGCAAAGGCUUCUUCUAAGGCUUCAAUCGACCAGUCAUUACCUUUCCAGAGAAAUGGUGCUAUUGUGUUACUUGUUGGUGCUUUUUACUUGCUCAGUAGAUAUGCCACCCACUGUACAUGGGUUACAUCGGAGGCAUACUCGUCUCCCUCAAUUGUCUUGGCCGCAAGGGGUGCCCAUGGCAACAGGGUCAUAUUUGAUGAUUACCGUGAGGCAUACUUUUGGCUUCGGCAGAAUACUCCUUCAGAUGCUAAAGUUAUGUCAUGGUGGGACUAUGGUUACCAGAUUACUGCCAUGGGAAACAGAACUGUGAUUGUAGAUAACAACACCUGGAACAACACACAUAUUGCUACUGUGGGACGUGCUAUGUCAUCUUAUGAGGACGAAGCAUAUGAGAUAAUGAGGUCACUGGACGUGGAUUAUGUGUUAGUUGUUUUUGGAGGUGUCACUGGCUAUUCUUCUGAUGACAUUAACAAAUUUUUGUGGAUGGUGAGAAUUGGAGGUGGGGUUUUCCCUGUCAUCAAGGAACCAGAUUACCUUGUCAAUGGCGAGUACCGUGUUGACAAAGGUGCAGCACCUAAGAUGUUGAACUGUCUUAUGUACAAGCUAUCUUACUAUCGAUUUGGAGAGGUGACAACAGAAUAUGGCAAACCUCCAGGGUAUGAUAGAGCAAGGGGGGUUGAAAUAGGAAAUAAGGAUGUGAAGCUUGAAUACUUGGAAGAGGCAUUCACGACAUCUAAUUGGAUAGUUCGGAUAUACAAAGUCAAACCGCCAAAUAAUAGAUGGUGA